AAGAUCGUUGAUGAUCGCAUUGCAUUGCACGUGCCAGAGAAACGAAAAGCCUUCGAGAGAGAUGGGGGGCGAUGGCGGCAGCGGUAGCGGCAGCGGAGAGCGAACGCCGGAGGGGUCGGAGGAGCAGCAGAAGCGAUCGGAGAUCUACACGUACGAGGCACCAUGGCACAUCUACUCUAUGAAUUGGAGCGUUCGCCGGGACAAGAAGUACCGCCUCGCCAUUGCCAGCCUCAUGGAGCAAUACCAGAAUGGUGUCGAGAUCGUCCAGCUUGAUGAUGCCACAGGCGACAUCCGCUCCGACUCCGCGCUCUCCUUUGAACAUCCCUACCCUCCCACUAAAACCAUGUUCGUCCCCGACCGCGACUGCGUCCGCCCGGACCUUCUGGCCACCUCCGCCGACUUCCUCCGGCUGUGGAGUAUCCACGAUGACCACGUCGAACUCAAGGCCCUCCUCAAUGGUAACAAGAACUCGGAGUUCUGCGGCCCACUCACCUCCUUCGACUGGAACGAGGCGGAGCCCCGUCGCAUCGGCACCUCCUCCAUCGACACCACCUGCACCAUCUGGGACGUCGAACGCGAGGCUGUAGACACCCAACUCAUUGCCCACGACAAGGAGGUCUACGACAUCGCCUGGGGCGGCGUCGGCGUCUUCGCCUCCGUCUCCGCCGACGGAUCCGUCCGCGUUUUCGACCUCCGUGAUAAGGAACACUCCACCAUCAUCUACGAGUCCUCCGACCCCGCUGAAACCCCACUUGUGAGGCUCGGGUGGAACAAACAGGACCCCAGGUACAUGGCUACCAUUAUCAUGGACAGCCCCAAGAUCGUGGUGCUCGAUAUCCGCUUCCCUACUCUGCCCGUCGUUGAGCUUCAGCGUCACCAAGCCAGCGUCAACGCAAUUGCCUGGGCGCCGCAUAGUUCGUGCCACAUCUGCACCGCAGGGGACGACUCGCAGGCGCUGAUUUGGGACCUCUCGUCCAUGGGCAGCGGUUCAGGGCAGCAGCCGGAAGGGGGCUUGGAUCCGAUACUGGCCUACACUGCGGGAGCAGCCAUUGAACAGCUGCAAUGGUCUUCCUCGCAACCCGAUUGGGUUGCCAUCGCUUUCUCCAACAAGCUCCAGAUUCUCAGGGUUUGAACUUAUUACUUUGAACUAAACUUGGAACCAGACAACUCUAUUGAUGUGGUUACAAUAUCUGUUUCGCUAUUCAUCAAUGAAAUAUUUAGAUUAAUAA